CUGUUUUGUGACGUCAUGAGGGAAGCCCGAUAGCUCAACAGUGGGAGUUAUUUUACACUAGACGUGUGUCGACUAUUCUGAUAUAAAUUGUCAAAAUGUCGUUAGCAGGUUUAAAGAAACAGUUCAAUAAGGCUAACCAGUAUAUGAGUGAAAAGAUUGGUGGUGCUAAAGGAACAGAGCUAGAUGAAGAAUUUAUGGAAAUGGAGCGAAAAAUUGAUGUUAUGGGCAAAUUGGUGGAGGAUCUUAUUAUUAAAACACAAGAAUAUCUCCAACCAAACCCAGCAUCAAGAGCUAAAUUAUCAACCAUGCACACAAUAUCAAAGAUUCGUGGACAGGGCAAAAUAGCACCCUAUCCACAACCUGAAGGUAUUUUAGGAGAACAUAUGAUAAAACAUGGAAAAGAUUUAGGAGAUGAAUCAGUAUUUGGUAGUAGUUUAGUUGAAUGUGGUGAAACAUUUAAACAUCUAGCAGAAGUAAAAUACAGUUUAGAAGAUACUGUCAAACAGAAUUUCCUUGAUCCCUGGGUACAACUUCAAAGCAAAGAGAUCAAAGAAGUCAAUCACCAUAGAAAGAAGUUAUCAGGAAGAAGAUUGGAUUAUGAUUGUAAAAGAAGAAAGAAAGAAAAAGGUGGAAAUAUUACGGAAGAAGAUUUAUAUUCUGCUGAAGAAAAAUUUGAUGAAUCAAAGUCAUUGGCUGAAACAGCUAUGAAUAAUUUAUUGGACAAUGAGAUUGAACAAAUAGCUCAACUUCAGUCUUUUAUUGAAGCUCAGACAGAUUAUCAUAGACAGUCUAUGGAAGCUUUACAGAGUUUAUGUGAGACUUUAGAAGAAAAACGUAAUGAAGCUGCUAACAAACCACGAAUUGAACAUGUUCCAAAGCGUGUGGCGUCAUUCCGACGAAGCCCCUCACCAUCACCACUGUAUGAAACACCACAUGAUAAUAAUUUCGGUGGUUCAGGUAGCUACAACUUCCAGUCCAAUGUACCACCUUCUUAUAAUCAGUCUGGAUUUGACGGGUUUGAUAAUAAUUAUGAUGUCUCUAACAAGCAAGACGCGUCUGCUGAAGCUCUAUAUGAUUUUGUACCAGAAAAUGAAGGAGAACUUGGAUUCCGUGAAGGUGACAUGAUAACUCUGUUGAGUCAAGUUGAUGAAAAUUGGUUUGAAGGAUCAUUAAAUGGAAUAGUGGGUUAUUUCCCGGUUAAUUAUGUUAAUGUUGUUGUACCGUUACGGUGAUGUUUUUGAUUACACAAUCAUCAAAUGAUAUGUAAAUUGUUGUUUGUGUUUGUGGCAUUAUCGGAAGUCAUAUCUUAUUUAAAAAAUAAAAAUCUUAAUGUGAACAUUAGGAACCAUAAGAUCGUUCUUGUGCAAAUCUGUAAAUUGUAAAUUUUGUCAUUGUAAAAAUUCUACAAUGUAGUAGGGAAAACACACAAAUUAUUGAGUAAUCCAUCAAAAUAGAAAUAAUAUUUAAUUUGUUUAUUAUAAAUGUUCACAUUACCCACCACAAAUUUUAAUAGUUCCGCAUUUAAUUCAUAGAAUAUCAAGUCCCUAGGUUUAAUUAGAGCAGCUAAAAGUAAAUACCUAGAUUCUUUGAUUUCUGUGUGUCAGUUAAUUUAAACAGGUUUUUUUUUUAUUAAGGCCAAAUUAAUUUGAAGUUUAAUUUAUUCAGGAUCUUGAUAAAUAACCUGCAAAAAUUAGGACUUUAAACCACAUUUCAGUUUUUUUUCAUUUGAUAAAUUUAGAUCUAAGAGCUUGGUUUUCCAAGAAAUAGGAAGCAACAAUUUAAUGUCCUUUCCAGAAGAACUAGAAUUCAAAUUUCUUUGGCCUAAUGUUUUACGAUUAAACCCGUAUAAUCAUGUGUAUAUAUAAAAAUAUUAAAAACAAUGAACUAUUUUAGAUAGUAAUGUUAUAUAUGCAUUGUAUAGUUUAGAAUUGACACAAGUUUUCUCAAAUAUAUAUAUAUAUGUAUGUAUUAUAGUUUUUGAAAUAUUAUUUUAACCAUCGUACAUUUCAUAUUUCUUCUAUGAAACUGUUAAGUUUUUUUUUUAAAAUAAAAACACCUAAACAUACUGUAUAUAUUUGUUUUUCAUUCACAUAGAAAGUUAAGUGAGAAAUAUGACUUGAAGAGGAUGACAGCUUGUUUACCUACUGUUUUUUCAUGUUAAUUGAUUUAUUAAUUAAUGACACAACGAGCCAGAUUGUUGACAUGUAUUUCUAAAAUUAUUUUAAUGUAAAGACUGAUUUUAUAAGCCCAUCUGAGUAUAAACACUUUCAUGAAGAAUGGAGCGGCUUGUACGAAAAAUAUAACACAAUUAUAAUUAUUAUAUUUGUGUCAGAGAUAUAAAGAUGCACAAUGUGAAAUCAAUGGAAACCAAUGUAAACUUAAAAUGAACAUAAUUAAUGGAUUUAUAUAUAUUUAACAUUUAUUCUGGCAUGUUAUAAGUUAUUAUUGAUUAAUAAAUCAAUUAACAUGAAAACAUUAUUCUCUUAAAUUAUUCUUUUCUUUAAUUAAUGUGUACUUUAAUGUAGAAUUUUGGGCUCAAUAUCAAUAUAUCCUGUUACUAGAUAAGAAAUGUUUGUUAUUUUUAAGAUAUAUUAAGAUAAUUGUAAAUAUUCAAAUUUAUAAACUGUAGUGAUUAGUAUUAGGAAAGAGUUGCUCUUGUAAAAUUAUAUCCAUCUAUGAAAAUCAAGAAAUGAUUUGAAACGAUUUGUAUAUUUUUCAUAGGGCUAUAAUUUUCUGGAGCAACCCCAAGAUAGAAUAGGUUACUUAAAACUUACACAAUGUAGUAUUAAAUAUUAGAAAAAUUAAUAAACAAUAGAAAAUAUUAGAAUUUUACCUACUUAAUGGGAAUGUUAUUAGGAGUGAGAGGGGUUGAGUUGUCCCAUUGUAGUAAUAAAUUAAAUUUGAUUCUUUUUUAACAGAAUAAUUUGUCUAUUAUAAAUUGUUUAUCUUUCUUUGUCUAUAAAACUGCACAAGUGAUAAAUUUGAUUGUUGUAUAUAGCAAUUAUUUUACAGUUUUAUUUCUUUUGUUUAAAUGUUAAUUAUUGGAAGUUCUGAAUCUGAGGUGUUGGAUGUAGUACUAGGUAAAACAAGAUUUCUAUAUAUAAUUUAAUAUAAUUAGUUUCAAAUAAAUUAGAGCUGCUGGUCAGAUAAUUAAUUUAUUAUAAUUCUUAUUAAUGAGUCAUUAAUUAUUGUGAUAAAGAUGAUGGGUUGUAAUGGUUUAAAUAGAGUAGUCUGAAAUUGUCAUAUCACAAGUUUUAUGUGUUCUUUAAGUAUAGGUAAAAGUCUAAUUUUUAUACGCCCGACAUUCUCAUGUGGAUGUAUAUUGUCGUCGCCCCUGUUCGUCCGUUUGUGUACACUUCACAAGUCACAAUUCUUAUCCAAUUUUGAGGUCACAAUUUUGAUCCGAUUUUUAUGAAACUUAAAACGUAUGUUUAUGUUCCAAAGAUCUUGGUUCCUUUCAAUAAUCGUGCAUAUCGGACUGUAAGUUCCUGGAUCAUGGCCUCUGAUUUUGAUGUAACUUAAAAUAUCGGCUAUGUUUAUAUCCCAGAGUUUUCGAUUCCUUAUGUUUGCCCAUAUCGGACCAUAACUUCCUGGAUUAUGUCCCCUGAUUGUUCGAAAAAUAGCUUUUUUUUAAGGUUGUACUCAUCUAUCUCUUGCAAAAUGUGGGCGUAUCCUGCCUGGCAACCGCUGGUUGUUUAUGUUUCUAACCUUCAACAAAUUAUGAUAUGCGAUGUAGGCCAUUGAAAUUACAGAAACUGAUAUGAAAUAAAGAUUUGUUUUUGUUUUAUAAAAGUGGUGCAUGGAUUUCUUCUACAUCUUAGUUUGUAUUAGCAGUUGUACUUCUUUUUAAAAUUUUAAAAUGUGAAAUUCAUAAUCUCUGGUAAAGCUGCUGUUCUUGAACCAAAAACUUUCACAUUAUAGAACCAAUGUAAUAAUAUAUAUUAUAAACCUAACGCUUGUAAAUGUUGUUUUCAGUUCAGUACAGUAUUAAUGUUUUUUGUCAUUUUGUAUUUAAAAAGUACAUGUAUAUAUGGAGAAAUUGACAGAUUUUAUAUUAUGCUUAACAUCUUCAGCAUGUCAUAAACACAUACGAGUAUUUCUAAGUUUCAAAUAUAGAAUGCACAGGUGCUUUAUUCAUGGAAACUUACAUUCCAUUGACGUAUGACAUCCUAUUUACAUACUGGUAACCAUGCGUUAGACACUAUGUCUAGACUACAGGGAAAACUAUAUUUGUUGUUGAAGAUGGGAAAAUCCUAACAUACUGUAUAAACCCAUGCCUAUGUUGUAAUGAUUAACAGUGACCUGUCACAGACACAAACUGUCAUCUGCCAAACUUGAAAUGAACAGAUUGUUACUUUAUUGCUUAUUACUGAAACUUUUAUAUAGCACAAUUUAUCAGUAAACUUACCAAUCGCUUUUAGUCUAUAGGUUCUUUUUUCUAGGUCAUAAAAAAAUAUACUGUUGCAUUAGUUGAUCUAAUUAACCUCAAGGGAAUAUAUCUUUAAUAUCUAGAUGUGAAGAAAGCUAAAUAACAAUGUAGAUAAUAAUGCAUUGAUUGCAGGUGAUUUAAAUUCUCAUAAAUAAGAUAUAUAGGGCAUUCUAAAAUUUAAUAUAUUACUAUUCCCUUAAACGUAAUUCUGUAGAUGUGCUUGUUUUUGUUUUAGUCAGUGCCAAACACAGCUUUUAUGCCUGAUCGCUAAUGCCUAUAAUAUGGACUAUGCAUUGUGUUGUAAAUAAUUGUUAACAAUUUUACCCAUCUUUGUGCAAUCUGGAAAUACCAGUUGAGUUCGUUAGUACAAGUAGAGUUUUUUUUCUCUCUCAAUCUGUGGGUAGUAUUUCAAUUUAAAAAGUAUGUGCUUUGUAUUGCUCUGUACCAUUGACACAUUGUUAGUAUUUUUUGGGGGCGAGUUUCGUUAUUCUAUUAGUCUUUAAAUUACAACUGUUACCCAACUACAAGUAUUAUAUACUCUUCAAAAAAAGUAGGGGAUAUUCAGAUACAAAACUGCGGAAAUGCUCUGCUGUUUUUAUUAGAGGUAACCAGUGUAUGUUAAUAACCGGCCAAUUGCCUACACAUGAACAUAAACAGUUCAUAUGGGCAGCUUAUCUGACAGCCCCAUUUCACUCGCAAAGAGAGUGGACCUUUUUGAUUUUUGUCUUAAUAAUGAGUAAUUGCUACACCAAUCAUCAGACAUUCAGCAAUUCGUUGUGGCAUGCUCCUAAUCAACCGUCCAGUCAUGAUUUGGGGCAAUCUGACCCACUCCCCUUGCAGUGUUGACGUUGACAAACACGUCUCCCGAUGAAAAUAAACGUAACACACUAAAGCAUUUGGGGCAAUCUGACCCACUCCCCUUGCAGUGUUGACGUUGACGAACACAUCUCCUGAUGAAAAUAAACGUAACACACUAAGGCAAAGAUACGCUAAACAGUAAAUCUUAUGCAAGAACCAAUAGGAAUGCUAACAUGGAUAGAUAAACCAGCACGCAGCAGUUUUCAUCAACCCAUGUGUAGCUCAGUGGUUCUGUUGGGGCAAUAAGUUCUUCAUCUGUGAACAUACUCUCAAAGCAUGUCAAAUGUCCAUGACUAUCAUAUCAUUUCACAACCUGCAUAGGUAUUUGCAUUUCAAUAUCCCCUACUUUUUUUGAAGAGUAUAUAUUUGACAAAAUAAAAUAUAUCCAAGCUGUAUAUCAAGAUAAUCUUACAAUGGAAUUAGAGAUUUUUAUUGUUAUACCCGGGUUUCAAUUGCAUUUAAAUAGAAGUUGAAAAUUUUUAGAGUAUCAGUACAGGUACAACUGUAUAUUUCAAUGACAUGAUCUUUGCUGCUAGUAGAACUCUUGUAUCAAUAUUCUUGCAACUUGAUUAGUUUGUAUUCAAUCUCCUAGCAGACCAUUUGUCAUUAAUAAUUUAUAUAUUUUCACUGUGUUCUUUAAAAUAUUAAACUAGAUGCUUUAAUUGGUCACAAAAAUCAUACAAUAUUUGCACUUGUGUUACUCUAUCCCCAAAACAUUGCUUCUUUAUGGUAGUCAACUAGUAUUAAUUUAUGGUUUCUUUUGUUUUUGAGUAUUUAUAAAUAUUUUAUUAUUGCUCAUCCUCAUUGUCUUGUCCUUUUAUUUCUACCAUUCCAUGUAAGUAACAAAGCUUAAGAAUUUCUUGAGAUUAUGUUUCAGAAAAUUAUUCAAGACGAAUGUAAUACUAUUGUACUUUAUGUAACAAAAUACCAUGAAUUUGGUGUAUUUUUAUUUUAAAAUAAUUUCAAAUGUAAAAGUACAACAAAAAUCUGAUUAACAGGAAAUGAUAUUCGUCAUAUAUGCUAACAAAAAUCAUUUGAAUUUUUCAGAGGCCUGUUUUCUCCUAACUAAAAUAUCUUGCGUUUUUCUCUACCAACCUAUCUGAAAAUAAUCUUUAGUCUUCCGCUUACCUUAAAUAGAACAGUGAUUGUACAAUCAUCUGUAUUAUCUCCGUGGAUACAAAUAAACUAAUUGUAUGUGGGUUAUUAACUUUGUAGCGUAUUUCUUUUCAGUGUAUUAACUUUUACAUUUGUAUUUAGUUUCUUCUCUGAAAUUGUGUUCUCAAUAUUAUUUUUUAAACUUACAAUAAGAACAGAUUUUGAGGUCCUGUUUUAACCAAUUUGUACCAUUAUUGUCACUUUAUUUAUCACUUCAAUAUAUUAUAUUGGAGUUUAUUGGUGUAGUUAAAUGUAGGAAGAAUGGUAAAUAAAUGAUAUCAUACGGGA